CAACAUGUGGUCCCCGCCAGCUGCCGUCUCCCUGCUCCUUCUGCUCCGGCUGCUGGAGCGGGCGCCCCCCAGCAGUCCGCAGUCGCUGGGCACCACCAAGCUGCGACUCGUGGGUCCGGGGAGCGGGCCUGAGGAGGGCCGCCUGGAGGUGCUGCACCAGGGCCGAUGGGGCACUGUGUGUGACGACGACUUCGCUCUCCGGGAGGCCACCGUCGUCUGCCGCCAGCUGGGCUUCGAGGCCGCCUUGACCUGGGCCCACAGUGCCAAGUAUGGCCAAGGGGAGGGACCCAUCUGGCUGGAUAACGUGCGCUGUGUGGGCACAGAGAGCUCCCUGGACCAGUGUGGGUCAAACGGCUGGGGCGUCAGUGACUGCAGCCACUCGGAGGACGUCGGGGUGGUGUGCCACCCCCAGCGCCAGCGUGGCUACCUUUCUGAAAGGGUCUCCAAUGCCCUUGGGCCCCAGGGCCAGCGGCUGGAGGAGGUGCGGCUCAAGCCGAUCCUCGCCAGUGCCAGGCGGCACAGCCCGGUGACUGAGGGCGCCGUGGAGGUGAGGUACGAGGGCCACUGGCGGCAGGUGUGCGACCAGGACUGGACCAGGAACAACAGCAGGGUGGUGUGCGGGAUGCUGGGCUUCCCCAGCACGGCACCUGUCAACAGCAACUACUACAGGAAAGUCUGGAAUUUGAAGAUGAAAGACCCCAAGUCUAGGCUGAAGAGCCUGACCAGGAAGAAUUCCUUCUGGAUCCACCGCGUCAGCUGUUUGGGGACAGAACCCCAUAUGUCCAACUGCCAGGUGCAGGUGGCACCAGCCCGGGGCAAGCUGCGACCGGCCUGCCCAGGGGGCAUGCAUGCUGUGGUCAGCUGUGUGGCGGGUCCCCGCUUCCGCCCUUCCAAGGCGAAGCCUGUGCGCAAGGAGUCUGGGGCAGAGGAGAUGAGGGUGCGCCUGCGCUCCGGGGCCCAGCUGGGCGAGGGCCGGGUGGAGGUGCUCAUGAAUCGCCAGUGGGGAACAGUGUGUGACCACAGGUGGAACCUCAUCUCCGCCAGCGUCGUGUGUCGGCAGCUUGGCUUUGGCUCCGCUCGGGAGGCCCUCUUUGGGGCCCAGCUGGGCCAAGGGCUGGGGCCCAUUCACCUGAGUGAGGUGCGCUGCAGGGGGUAUGAGCGAACCCUCAGUGACUGCCCCUCCCUGGAAGGGCCCCAGAAUGGUUGUCAGCAUGAGAAUGACGCUGCCGUCAGGUGCAACAUCCCUAACAUGGGCUUCCAGAAUCAGGUGCGCCUGGCUGGUGGGCGCAGCCCAGAAGAGGGCGUGGUGGAGGUGCAGGUGGAGGUGAAUGGAGUCCAACGCUGGGGGGCCGUGUGCAGUGACCACUGGGGGCUCACUGAAGCCAUGGUGGUCUGCCGACAGCUCGGCCUGGGUUUCGCCAGCCACGCCAUCAAGGAGACCUGGUACUGGCAGGGGACGCCGGGGGCCGGAGAAGUGGUGAUGAGCGGCGUGCGCUGCACGGGCACAGAGCUGGCUCUGCAGCAGUGCCAGAGGCACGGGCCGGUGCACUGUUCCCAUGCCACCGGGCGCUUCUCGGCCGGCGUGUCCUGCACCAACAGUGCCCCGGACCUCGUGAUGAAUGCGCAGCUCGUUCAGGAGACGGCCUACCUGGAGGACCGGCCGCUCAGCCAGCUGUACUGCGCCCACGAGGAGAACUGCCUCUCGCAGUCUGCUGACCACAUGGACUGGCCCUACGGCCACCGGCGUCUGCUGCGCUUCUCCUCACAGAUCCACAACCUGGGCCGGGCCGACUUUCGCCCCAAGACGGGGCGCCACAGCUGGAUCUGGCACCAGUGUCACAGGCACUACCACAGCAUCGAAGUGUUCACCCACUACGACCUGCUCACGCUCAAUGGCUCCAAGGUGGCCGAGGGGCACAAGGCUAGCUUCUGUCUAGAGGACACAAACUGCCCCACAGGAAUGCAGCGGCGCUACGCAUGUGCCAACUUUGGGGAGCAGGGCGUGACCGUAGGCUGCUGGGACACCUACCGGCAUGACAUCGACUGCCAGUGGGUGGACAUCACGGACGUGGGUCCCGGGGAUUAUAUCUUCCAGGUAGUUGUGAACCCCAAAUAUGAGGUGGCAGAGUCAGAUUUCUCUAACAACAUGAUGCGGUGUCGCUGCAAGUAUGACGGGCACCGGGUCUGGCUGCACAAUUGCCACACAGGGGAUUCAUACCGGGCGAGCACAGAGCUCUCCCUGGAACAGGAACAGCGUCUCAGGAACAACCUCAUCUGAAGCCAUCACUGCGCACUCCCAGCUGCUGCCCACACACCAGAUACCUCAGCUUACUGGAGCCAUGCUCUUCACGGAGCCCUAACUCAGAGGGACAGGGCCGGUGCCGAGGGCACCGAGAACCUGCUCAGGAAGCCUUUGAUGGCAGGAUCACUGAACCAGGAUGGCACAGCUCCCUCAGGAGGGCUCUCAGGUUGUUCCCCUAGGGCCUUGGCCUAUGGACCCUGGCCUCCAGGCUUUGUUCAACUGAGCUCCUCUUCCAUACGGAGACCCAAUCUUUCCUGUAUCUUGCCCUGGUGUCCCGGGUUCAGGAGCAGUUUAUAGGAAUGGACGAUGACCUAAUCCCCCAUCUAAAUGAAUGGUGCUUUGCCGAUGUCUCAGAAGAGCAGAGGACAGAGGACCAAAAGAGACAGGAGGUGGGGUUAGCUCUCUGCGAGGAGUUCAAAGCAACACAACUUGUGUCAAAGUCACAAGUGGCAGAGAAGUAGGUGAAUCCAGCCCCUUGCUUU